UUUCUACGCAGAAUCGGCCCCAUUCCAGCAAUCAAUGCUCCAGAAUCAUAAAAUGUUUGAAAGUGAAACAAACAACAAGAAAAAAAUUCGUUGUCACUUUAUUGUUAAUUUUCGCCUCAACCUGGCUCCAACACACAUUUUUACACUUUUUUCUUUAGUUAUUUACACACCUGUCUCGACUUUGGUCCACCACAGGACGAGACGAGUUUGUCGAAUUUUAAACAAAUUCGAAAAUUACAACAAUACAAAUUAUACAGUUUAUACGACUGUUAAUUGUUAUCACUCGUGUUGUGAUGAGGGGUGUUGUAUUUGGUCAACUGGCUCACUUGUUCUAAUUUUAAUCGUUGUGGUUAUUUGUUCGUGCAAGUGCAUGAAGAUGUACUGGAGGGCGAAUUGUACGAAAGAGGACAGUGGUACCAACUCACAGGAAAAUAUCCUAAUGGGUUCGCAAAAUAUUUCACGCGAUUAUGGUACUAGUAGUGACAUUUCGCCCCCUCCACCAUAUCACGUGGCCUCCACUUACCCCCCACCCUGCGAUAAAAUCCCCACCUACGAAGAGGCAUGCAACCAACAAUGCGAGCAUUAAUAAACUAAACUGUACAAUUUUUUUUAUUUUUUUUUUCUUCUUCAAUAAAGUGUUCAAUACGCAGAAUCCAAAAUGUUUUUGUACACAAGUGCGUUGUUUCUCCUCUCAUGGAUUAAAAAAAUCGAGGGGCGCACUCGAAAUAAGCCAAAAAUUUGUAAAUUUCGCUCAGUUGAUGGGCCCCCUUAUAACUACACGUGGAAAACGGAGCUGUGCCCCAACGCCUGGUGCUGCUCCCAUGGGUGCUGCCCCUGGUACUUCAACCUCACUAUUUGCGUUUUUAUCGUCGUUAUUAUUUUCUCGAUAAUUAAAAUCGUGGAGGUUUGGUGCAAAAAACCAGAAAAUUCGGAGGAAAACACCGAGAUUCACUUAAAUUCGGCUUUUUUGGGGGAUAAUUACGGGACGGCCCCUCUGACCCCCCUACCCCCUUGGACGUACCCCAAUUAUGGUUUUUCGAGUGAAAGUUUGGGGCGCCUGGCGCCCCCCACAGACCCCGCCCCCAGUUAUGACGAGGUGAUGGGGCGUAAAGUAGACAACCAGUUACACACCAAAUAAAAUCGAUACUUUCGGACGCCAUGACGGCGCCAUAAGGGUCGUAAACCCCGAUCUUUGCAAUAAAAUUUAUUACGUCUCUUGUUAUGUAAUACAAUUAAAAUGCAAUAAAAUUAACAAUUUUUUCUUAAUUCAAUUAAUAAUAAAUACAAAUUGUUAAUCCCAACUGGCGUUUUUUUUUGUCAAAUUGACGCAAAACAAUAAAAAAUCUAUAAAAAUUUUAUGGGUCCAGUAGGCCUGGAAAAUACAAAAUUCGGCCUCAGAUGUGGUUCAGACUUUCGCAGUUACGUUGGUAACAUUGUGUUAAAAAAAUGUAGAUUUUGGGUGAU